GUUACUAUUGGGAGAAGGUCAAAUGACUCGGCAUGUCUGCCGGUGUGUACAUUCCCGCGAUGCCGCGCGCCUGACGAAGAAACACCUCUAAAACACCGUGUGUCCCAGUGUGUGUGCGACUAUCUGAAGCAGUUUCCCGCGUCACAUCCCUCUGAAAGUUUGAAAAGUCAACAUCGAACCUCGACCUCCCAAAGCCUCUGAGCACGGGGAAGAAGGCGCUGCCAAGAUGUUCAGCACCAAAAGACUGAAGCAGAAGUCACAGUCGGUGGAUAUUGCCAGUCAAGGUUUCUCCCCGACUCUGGUGCCAGCCUCACCCCUCAACAAGGCUGCAUCACCUGUUGCCAAGACAACGACGGCCCUCGCCGUACAGGAAUACAACACUACCAACUCCCAGCGCCGCAGCCCUCGGUGCGGAGAGCUGAAGAGAGGCUACACCAUAGAUACCGGCCAGAAGAAGACUCCAGAGAAGAAGGAUGGGAGGCGCAUGUCGUUCCAGAAACCUAAAGGGACCGUUAAAUAUUCUGUGGAAUCGCAGGACACGUUGAACAGCAUUGCGCUCAAGUUUGACACCACACCCAACGAACUGGUUCAGCUGAACAAGCUGUUCUCCAGAGCAGUGGUGCCUGGCCAGGUUCUGUAUGUUCCUGAUCCCGAGUACGUCUCCAGUGUCGGAAGCUCCCCUUCCCUCAGUCCCAUCAGCCCCCUGUCUCCCACCUCCUCAGAAGCUGAUUUAGAGAAGGCAACGGACUCUGAUGGACCCCCCAGACCGGAAGGCGUUCAUCCUCCAGUUUUCUCCGCCCUGCGGCAGUCCAGAGUGGUGUCAUCCACCUCCGAGGAGGAAGAGGCCCUCACAGAGAAGUUCCUCAAGAUCAACUGCAAGUACAUCACUGGUGACAUGGGUGCGGUGAGCGGGGUGUUGCUGGUGACACCCAACAACAUCAUGUUUGACCCUCACCGGAUGGACCCACUGGUCCAGGCCCAUGGGUGCGAGGAGUACGGCAUCAUGUGUCCCCUGGAAGAAGUCCAGUCUGCUGCCAUCUGCAAGGAGAUCACCGACCCCAAGAUCAGAGAGGCCGUGCCCGAUGACCUGGAGCCUCUUCCUACUGAGAGACAUCCCUCCCAGAAGGACCCAGAGCAGCGCCUCCGGGAGCCAGGGGUCAACGACAGCGGCAGCACUGCCCCGCGCAGCACUGAGGGCUCCUUCUCCGAAGAUGUCUUCACUGAGACGGAGCUGUCCCCCAUCCGUGAGGAGGAGCAGGCGUCAAGCGAGGACCUCCGUCUGGACAAGUCCUCUGCCGCUUCCACAGAGUCUGUGCAAACCGUCACCCAGCUGGAGGCCACCAGUGCCGAGUCCCAGGCCCCAGCCAUCAGUCAGCCAGAGGAGUGCAGCGCUGCGGCCAAAGCUGAGGACAAUCCGCCAGACACUGCCACAGAAAGAGAUAGCCAGUCGCCCAUGGGAUCCAAGCAGCAGAGUUUAGAGAAGCCAACAAGCACACCUACUACCACCAGCAGCACUAGCCAGGCCGAAGGCCCCAGCAGCAGCACCUCUCGCCCAGGGUCCCAAAGCUCAGCCACCCCUGGUGCCACAGACACCACCUCCAUCUCAGCCAGUCAACAGGGUGAAGCCAACGAGGGGACAGACGUCUCCAAAACGGACACUAUGCAACAAGGCAAGGAGGAAAAGGAGAAUGUAGAGCAGACGCCAAAGGACAGCACGCAGAACUCAGCAGAGGGUACAGGGUCUGUGGAGAGGCGGAAGCACCCAACUCACAAGUUCCUGUGUCUGCGGGUGGGGAAGCCCAUGAAGAAGACGUUUAUUUCUAACGCCAGCGCCUCCAUGCAGCAGUAUGCCCAGCAGGGCAAAAAGCACGAGUACUGGUUUGCUGUGCCGCAGGAGAGGUCAGAGCAUCUGUACGUGUUCUUUAUGCAGUGGAGCCCGGACAUGUACGGUGAGGGGGUCAGGGGGAUGGGACAAGAGCCUGGGUUUGUGGUUGUCAAGAAGAAUGAGGUGUCAGAAACAGCUGACGACGAGCCCAUCACUGACCUCAAUGUCAAGGAAUGGGAGGUAGUGUCUCUGACGGAGUACCAUCGUAGGAUUGAUGCGCUAAACAGUGAAGAUCUGCGCUCGCUCUGCAAACGACUCCAGAUCACCACCAAGGAAGAGGUGAACUCCAAGCAUGGCACAUCCAUCAAGACGGAGCUUGAGCCAGAAACGUUCAAACCCAACCUCAGAGAAUCCAGUGAUCUCCUGGAGGCCGACCAGAUAGAGAAGCUUGCCAAGAACCUCCCACCACGGACCAUUGGGUACCCAUGGACGCUGGCUUUUGGCACAUCGAAGCAUGGCAUGAGCAUUAAGUCGCUGUACAGAGCCAUGCAGGGCCAGGACACCCCAGUGCUCAUGGUUAUAAAGGACAGCGAUGGCCAGGUGUUUGGUGCGUUGGCAUCGGAGCCCUUUAAAGUCAGCGAUGGCUUUUAUGGCACAGGAGAGACCUUCCUCUUCACCUUCAAUCCAGAAUUUCAGGUGUACAAAUGGACAGGUGACAACAUGUUCUUCAUCAAAGGAGACAUGGACUCCUUAGCUUUCGGUGGAGGAAGCGGGGAGUUCGGCCUGUGGCUGGACGGAGACCUCUACCACGGCAGGAGUCACUCCUGUAAAACAUUUGGGAACCCCAUGCUCUCCAAAAAGGAGGAUUUCUAUGUUCAGGACAUAGAGAUCUGGGCUUUUGAAUAACAAAACAGUCCACCACAGGGGAAAAAAA